GACAACAUCUUAUUUUUCGGGUAAAAAAAAAGAGAGAACCUUCACGAGUUCCAGAAACUCCGACGACUCCGCAAACAAGAAGCCACCACCUUACCCCUGCGGCCUCGUAAAUUCCCCUUCCUCUCUCUCUUUCUCGCCCCCACAUGGUUGUUUAAAUCUUUAUAAACAGUCACCGAAGCCUGUGAACCCGGCGACUCGACCAUGACCUCCAUUACAUCCGUCGAAUUGAACUACCUUGUGUUUCGUUAUCUUCAAGAAUCAGGAUUCACACAUUCAGCAUUUGCUUUAGGAUAUGAGGCAAGUAUCAACAAGUGCCCUAUUGAUGGAAAUUUGGUUCCCCCUGGUGCUCUUAUUACAUUUGUACAAAAAGGACUUCAGUACUUGGAGAUGGAAGCAAACUUGAGUAAUAAUGACACAGACAUGGAUGAAGAUUUUUCGUUCUUACAACCUUUGGAUCUUAUCACUAAGGAUGUCUAUGAAUUGCGGCAAAUCAUAAAAGAAAAAAGGAAAAGUCUACAGAAGGAAAAAGAUAAAGAUAAAGAUAAAGAUAAAGAUCUUGGUAGGGAACACGAAGGAGAACGUGGAAGAAUAAGAGAUAAAGAAAGACAUGAAAGGGAGAAAGAACUCGAAAAGGAUAAAGAGAGGUCAGACAAGGACAAGGAUAGAGAAAAACAGCACGAGGAACAAACUAAUAGAGAAAUGGUCACGGAUCAAGAAGAUAAAGUUGAAGUAAAACUUGAAGAUAAUAAAGUAUUAGGAGGUAAGUAUACUUUUUCAUUGUAUUUGUUCCAUUGUUUUUUUGGUCAUCUCUUUAUUUUAGCUUUUAUAUCAUCCAUGAAGUAUGAAAUUCUUUGGAUGUGUUCACAAGGACCAAAACCAAUGGAUAUUUCGACAACCUCGACUUCUCAGGCAUGUGAAAUUCAUAGUUCUGAUGUGACAAUUUUGGAAGGUCAUACUUCAGAGGUCUGUGCUUGUGCAUGGAGUCCAACAGGUUCUCUUCUUGCAUCAGGAUCUGGAGAUUCAACAGCUCGUAUAUGGACAAUUGCCGAUAGUAGCUCGAGACAUGGCUCUAAUGGUCCUCCGAAUGUGCUGGUUCUGAAACAUGUUAAAGGUAGAACAAAUGAGAAGAGUAAAGAUGUCACUACGCUUGAUUGGAAUGGAGAGGGGACGCUACUUGCAACUGGUUCGUAUGAUGGGCAAGCGAGAAUUUGGACUACAAUUGGUGAAUUAAAGAGUACUCUAAGUAAACACAAAGGACCCAUAUUCUCUCUAAAGUGGAACAAGAAGGGUGACUAUCUUCUUACUGGUAGCUGUGAUAAAACUGCAAUUGUAUGGGAUGUAAAGGCAGAGGAAUGCAAACAACAAUUUGACUUUCAUACAGGUCCUACCCUUGAUGUUGACUGGCGCAACAACAUCUCAUUUGCAACAAGCUCUACAGAUAAUAUGAUAUAUGUUUGCAAGAUUGGAGAAGUCCUCCCUAUCAAAACUUUUGCUGGGCAUCAGGGUGAAGUUAACUGUGUCAAAUGGGACCCAACAGGUUCAUUGCUGGCCUCUUGCUCUGAUGAUAUCACAGCAAAGGUAUGGAGUAUGAAGCAGGACAAGUUUGUUCAUGAUUUAAGGGAGCACUCUAAGGAGAUAUAUACUAUCAGAUGGAGUCCCACUGGAGCUGGUACGAUCAACCCCAACCAGCAGUUAGUGUUGGCAAGUGCAUCAUUUGACUCAACAGUGAAGCUAUGGGAUGUGGAACUUGGGAAACUUCUCCACAGCUUGAAUGGACACAGAGAUCCUGUAUAUUCCGUUGCAUUUAGCCCAAAUGGCGAGUAUUUGGCCAGUGGAUCCCUUGAUAGAUCCAUGCACAUCUGGUCAUUGAAGGAAGGCAAGAUUGUUAAAACGUACACUGGGAAUGGGGGCGUAUUUGAAGUUUGCUGGAACAAGGAAGGUGACAAGAUUGCUGCAUGUUUCGCCAAUAACAUAGUUUGUGUUUUGGAUUUCAGAAUGUAAGGUCUUACAAUAUUAACUUGUUCACUUCUGCCUCCUGGUUUGCAAAAGCCCUUAUUCAUGACUGAUAACUUACAAUUUAUUUGGUCUUUAACGGUAGAGAUGACACCUAGAUGGGCAUGUGAAAUGCAUAAUGGUUGGUUAGGCAUGCGUUAACCAUAGAUCAGGCAUUACUAAUGUGAUAAGCUGUGUUUAGUCAAUUGUCAACUAGGCUUAUUAUACUUUUUUGGAGUGAAUUCUAACCGAUCAUGUAUAUAAUUAUUUGGAUAUGAUUUGUAGUUUACAAUUUAUUCCCAAUAAUUGUUGUUUGGAAUGAA